AUGUCUGACCCAGCGGAGAAAUCGCCUUCAGAUUUCGAAACACAAAUCGGGAAAGGCAGCCAGGAUGGUGCUGGAGAAGGCGGCGAAUCGGCUGAAAAAGACGUCGAAUACAUUGAACUUUCGGCGGAAACCGAAACACUCGAUUUGACACGCCGUCGAAUCCGAAAAAUUGAAGGUUUCGAUUUCUUAUGCUGCCUCAAGAAUCUUUGCCUUCGAUGGAAUUUGAUCAAAAAAAUCGAAAAUCUACAUAUGCUUACUACGCUGACCAAUCUCGAUCUCUACGACAAUCAGGUUUGCAAAAUCACGAUUACAAACCCCCGAACUUCGAAUAAAUCUUAA